GCAAGUGUCUUUAGUUUAUUCUCGAAAGUGACAUUCAAUAUAAGUACUUGAAUAUUUCGAAAAAGUAAACUCAAAAAUGUUUUUCAAAGGAAUUAUAAUAUUCACCCUUGUAGCAAUUUGUAGUGCAAGACAAGUGUGUGAACCUGUUGCAACAGGUAACCAAUGUGGUGCUGAUGAAGUAUGGACUGACUGUGGACCAGUUGACGAUUGUGAACCGGCAUGUGACUCGCCUGCGGAACAAGCUUGUCCCGCUAUUUGUCUUUCAAAAUGUGUAUGCAAAGAAGGAUUCGUUCGAGCAUCUCAAAAUGGAGACAGAACAUGCAUUUUCAAGGAGUUCUGUCCAUAAUUUGAUAAAACAAUCCAAUUUCAUGAAAUAAAUUUGCUUCUCAAAUCAA